GCUCUGCCGGCGCUGCGGGCGGCUCGCCGCCGGCAGGGGGGAUGGCCGACGCCGGGCGGGGGCUGCCGCUGGAGCCCCAGGGCGGAGAGGCGCCCGGCGGUGCGCGGCGCAGCGCCAAGGGGACCCGGGCCUACCCGAAGAGGCGGCUGGCGCCGCGGAGUGGUCGGCGCGGCCACCGAGCGGAGGUCGAGAGCAAGCGCAUGGGGAUGCACUGGUACUUCUUAGGCGCGCCUGAACUCGUCACCAUCUGCCGACGAUGA